CACACUCUCCUCAUUCCCACUGUUGAGCUCUUCGGAGCCUCUCUCUCUGUCUCUCCCUGAAUUCAAUUCUGUGCGGUUCGUGAUCUGUGGGAAAUGGAAGGCAAAGGGUCGACUCUGGUUCAUCUUUUAGUGGUGGUUUUGUGUUUAGUGGCUUUCGGGUUCUCCAUUGCUGCCGAGAGAAGAAGAAGCGUGGGGACUCUGUUUGAAGACAAGCAAAGGAACGCGACGUAUUGUGUGUACGAAUCAGAUGUGGCAACAGGGUACGGUGUUGGGGCUUUCUUGUUUCUUCUCUCCGGUGAAUCAUUGCUGAUGUGUGUCACUAAGUGUAUGUGUUUUGGGAGACCUUUAACCCCGGGAGGCAACCGAGCAUGGACCAUUAUAUACUUCCUCUCCUCAUGGGCGAGUUUUUUAGUAGCGGAAGCGUGUCUAAUUGCGGGUGCAACCAAAAAUGCGUACCACACCAAGUAUCGAGGAAUGAUAUACGCUCAGAACUUGGGAUGUGAAACAUUGAGGAAAGGAGUGUUCAUUGCUGGGGCUGUGUUUGUGGUUGCAACCAUGAUUCUUAAUGUGUAUUAUUACAUGUACUUCACAAAGGCGACAUCGUCUCCAGCCUCUCACAAAGCAAAUCGUUCUAGCUCGACGGUCGGGAUGACCAGGUAUGCCUAAAUUCAAUUCAAAUGAGAUAUAGUUGAUUUCAAUGGUGGGUAAGUGAUAGGUUGAUGGUUAUUGAAUGUUAUAUAUGAAGUUGCAUAAUCACUUGUUGUGGUUAAGAUACAUAAACAAGUCAUGUAAGAAAGCACAUAAAAAGGUUGGCUCAAUUUUUUUUUUUUUUUUUGAAGCAAUUGUCAAGUGGUUUGAGAUGUUGGGUUGUGUUUGUCUCUAGUAGUUGGAAACUGCAAAUUUGAAGGGUAUAUUGAUUUAUAAUUAAACAGUGCUUU